CCUCCGUCGUCCAACAACUACCUACCGCGUGUUGCAGCUACAACCAGCUAGGUGGUUAAGCUGGUAGCCGUGGCCCUCCGAAACUAUGGUCACUGCCUCGUUGACCCCGUCGGCGCUCCUACGGCCAGAAGGAAGUAUCCGACUGGCUUCAAGUCUCUCCCGAGUGCGUCGCUGCCGGCAGCCGAGGCUCGCCCGAUAUCAUCGGUCAUUCACCACAGGCCCCACGCAUGCGCCGUCAGCGAACCCACAAUCUCGCCUGCGAAGAUCUCUGGGUUUAACGCUUGUUGGCCUUGGGUGUGCAGGGCUCGGCUUCUUUGUCGGUACUGCACCUGCGCUCUCUGGCAUCCUCAGUGCCCUUCAGCCUCGAUCCGAUGAGGAGACCGUUCGUGCAUACGCUCCAACAAACCAAGAAGCGGCCUCAGUAGAGGCCAAGAUCAACAACCAUCCUCUGGUGGCGGAACUGCGGAAGCGGUCGGAUCUAACGGAAUCCCGACCGCACAUGAAGUUUCCUGAAGCGUUUCGUCAGAGAAACCUCACUGCUGGAAUCCUUUUGGGACCUGGUCGCCUCACGGUUCCGCCUUUCUCGUGGACCGAAAACGGUGGCAAGUCUCUCGUGACUAUCCUACACCUAGGAACCGACUUGUGCGGUCAUCCUGGCAUUGUCCAUGGCGGCUUGCUGGCCACGCUGCUGGAUGAGGGGUUGGCGAGAUGCUGCUUCGAUGCGCUCCCCAAUAAAAUUGCAGUGACAGCCAAGCUGGAGGUGAAUUAUAGGAAGCCGACGCCAGCGGGCUCAUUUGUGGUGCUACGGGCUGAGACGAAACAAGUCGAAGGACGGAAGGCAUGGGUAGAGGGUCGGAUAGAAACUCUGGUUGAUGAGGGUGAACAACCCACUAUCCUGGCCGAGGCGUCCGGUCUCUUUGUGUCGCCCAAGUCAAGACUUGCUAUGUUGCUAUCACGAUUGUACAUGAGUUGAAGAAAGCGCUCAUAUGUUCAGAGUAGAUGCGUGCUAAACUAUUAAAUCACCUAACAUGUUACUACAUGGCCUGGGUAUCGCGUCGAACCGUUGGUUCUGCACCUUAUAUUUAUCAUGGGCCCUCGCCCACAGAUCGUAUUUAGUAUAUAGCCGGCUUCCCUCGGAUGAGACAGCUUUUUGCGACCGUUGCCGCGGAUGGGACUUACCAAUGUUUAGUGGCUGGCCAACCAAUUAGGUGAUGUGCCGCCCGCUCAUAUUCCACCAUUCCAACCAGGCCGAUUAUCGGUGGUACUGUAUGACUCAGUAUCACUCGAAAGUUCUCCAGUCGCUGGAUAAUAAUUACGCUCUGGGAUUCUAUUCUGUCGAUAACUUGGAGUAGAUCGUAUUUGGUUGUGGUCAUCCGCCCGUCUUAUUUCAAAGUUCCAAGGUUCUUAGCUGAGACAACUCAGAGGUCUAACGAUGGCU